CUUCCUCCUCUCCCCACCACCAUUAAACUUGCUGUCGCGGCCUGGUCCUCUCCUCUCCUCCUCCGUCGGCUCGUUCCCAAUCCAGCCUCCCUGCCAAGUGCCAAUCACCCACCCACCAGCGCAGCCUCUUGCAGGAUGGCCAGCCCGCAGUGCUGCGCGAACCCGCCGACGCUGAGCCCCGCCGCCGGGGAGGGCAAGGUCCUCGACAGCUUCGGCGGGAUCAGGGCUUACGUCGCCGGCGCCCAAGACUCCAAGGCCGCCGUCGUCCUCAUCUCCGAUGUCUACGGGUUUGAAGCGCCGAUUCUGAGGAACAUAGCCGAUAAAGUUGCUUCGUCCGGAUACUUCGUUGUGGUGCCAGAUUUCUUACAUGGGGAUCCAUUCGUACCUAGUGACGCUGACAGACCAAUAAAAGUGUGGAUCAAGGAUCAUACCCCGGAAAAGGGAUUUGAAGAGGCAAAACCAGUUAUUGCUGCUCUAAAGGAACAAGGAGUGACUGCUGUUGGGGCUGCAGGCUAUUGCUGGGGUGCAAAGGUCAUUGCAGAGUUAGCGAAAGCUAAUGAGAUCCAGGCAGCUGUUAUGUCGCACCCUUCUUUUGUUACUGUUGAUGAUAUCAAAGAGGUGAAAUGCCCCAUCGCUAUACUUGGAGCUGAAACUGAUGUGAUGUCGCCACCAGAACUGGUCAAGCAGUUUGAGCAGGUUCUAUCGUCGUCUAACACAGUGGCUGGUUGCUUUGUCAAGAUUUUCCCUGGUGUUUCUCAUGGAUGGACUGUCAGAUAUGACAGCAAUGAUGCAGUUGCUGUGAAGAACGCUGAGGAAGCCCUGAAGGACAUGACUGAUUGGUUUAACAAAAACCUCAAAUGAACCUGAAGUAGCAGCCCUCCUUCUUUAAUAAGCCAUUGCCACUUUCACUAUAUCAUGCAAGCAUCCUGGGUUCAUGGUGUGGUAUUAGCUAUAAGGCCUGCAUCUUUGUCUGGUGCAGGUGUGCUGGUAUUGGUAUCUAUGUGAUUUGCUUGUUUGGGGAUCUGUUUGUGCUGAACACUGAGUUAUUGCACUCGAAUAAAAUUUGGCAUUUGCAGUUAA